AUGAUCUUUGAAACCUUGCAAAAUCUGAUUGUAGUGGAUGACUCGCUACUCUCCUUCAUCUGUGUUUGUCAGCAGAUGCUCUUUGAACCCUUCUUCAUCGGCAUCUAUCAGCAGACAAUCUUGGAAUACUCCUUCUCCUCUUUCAGGCUCGAUGACUGCAAUCUCUCCAGGAGUAACUGUGAGGAUCUCUGCUCUGUCAUCAGUACGAAUCCGUCCCUCACAGAGCUGAAGCUGAACAACAACGAACUGGGAGAUGCGGGUGCUGAAUGCCUGUGUAAAGGGUUGCUGAUGCCAAGCUGCAGCCUACAGACGUUAUGGCUGCAAAACUGCAAUCUGACGAGUGCCAGCUGUGAGACACUCUGCUCUGUCCUCAGCGCACAGCCAUCCCUGACAGAGCUGCACAUAGGUGGUAACAAACUGGGAACUGCUGGAGUGAAGGUGCUGUGUCAAGGCAUGAUGAACCCCAACUGUAAGCUGCAGAAACUGCAGCUGGAGUAUUGUGAACUCACAGCUGAUUCUGUGGAAGCUCUCAAUCCUGCUCUGCAAAGCAAGCCCACCCUGAAGGAGCUCCAGCUGAGUAACAACACGCUGGGAGAUACAGCUGUAAAGCAGCUGUGCCGGGGAUUGGUGGAUGCGAGCUGCAACCUAGAGUUACUACACCUGGAGAACUGUGGCAUAACCAGCGAUAGCUGUCGAGAGAUCAGCGCGGUUCUCAGUAACAAGUCAUCACUGGUAGAUCUUUCCGUGGGGGAUAACAAGAUCGGGGACUCCGGUAUGGCUUUGCUGUGCCAAGGACUGAUGCAUCCUAACUGCAAAAUCCAGAAGCUAUGGUUAUGGGACUGUGAUCUCACAAGUGCUAGCUGUAAAGAUCUCUCCAGACUCAUCAGUACAAAAGAGACCCUCAAAGAGAUCAGUCUGCAAGACAAUAACCUGAGAGACUCAGGGAUGGAAAUGCUGUGUGAGGCCCUCAAGGAUCCCAGGUCUAAACUCCAGGAACUAUGGGUUAGGGAGUGCGGGCUCACGACUGCUUGCUGCAAGGCCAUCAGCUCUGCUCUCAGCAUGAACAAGCACUUGAAAAUACUGUACAUGGGCGAGAACAAGUUGGGAGAUGAAGGUGCUGAACUCAUUUGUGAAGGGCUGCUGCACCCCAACUGCAACCUCCAGUUCCUAUGUCUGGGUAACUGCGACCUCACGGCAGCCUCCUGUGCCACCUUCGCCACCAUCAUGACUACGAAACAAUCCCUCACAGAGCUGGACCUGAGCUACAACCCUCUGAGUGAUGAAGGCGUCAGGAAGCUCUGUGAAGCUGUGAGGAAUCCCAGCUGCUACGUGCAGCAUUUAAUUUUGUACGACAUUUACUGGAGUACUGAAGUGCAUGAGGAAAUGAGAGCCCUGGAAGAGUCCAAACCUGAAGUGAAGAUCAUUUCAUGAGUGGUGACUGCCUGCAGAGCAACAUCAAAGCAACAUCCUCUUCUUAAUCUGAACUUUUUCAUACAUAAAGCUAAUUAACUUAAUAGAGAAUUUGCUUGUACCAAAAAUGUUUGUGGAUUCCCUGAGUGGGUGUCCGGGGAGCUGAUCAACCUUCUGUGCAUCUCUGGAUGUACUAACUCUGAGGCUUUGAAAGCACUCUACGUUUUCACUGCAGCAUUACUAUCCUUGAAAUAAAUAAUUACUGGUCAUCUAGAAGUGGGUCUCUACCCUUUACGAGCUCUUUAAUCCUAUAAUCCCUUCUAAUGCAUUAGUCAGGCUUUAAAGAGAGCUUUCCAAAGGCAGGAGGAGAACUACCUGCUGUAUUAUUACUAGGUGGUGCCUUUGCCAGGUCUCUGGGGAAGGCUCUUGAAAAAAACAAAUGUUUUUUAAUCUAAAAUGAAGCUCUCCCCUGCUUUUCCCUAGAAGAGUACUGGGAAAAGCAGUGGUGACCAAGGCACUAGAGAAGAAAGAAAUGAGCAGCUGUUCAGCUGCCUAAUUUCAAAAUUGGUGUCCCUUGAAAAGUGAUUUUCCUGCAAACAAGAUGCUGUGUGCAUUUCUGUCAGUAUGGGAAGUGAUUAAACAGUUUGAUAUGUUUGCUCUGGCAAGAGUGGUUCUACAGAAAUUUUAUUAAAGUCUGUUUGCAAAUAA